AUGGGUAGAGAAAUCAUCCGCCUAGAAUCUACUAGAGAACCUGGGAAGCGCAGUAGGUUGUGGAGUCACGAAGAUGUUAAUCACAUAUUGACUCAAAAUACGGCUACGGAUGCAGUUGAAUGCUUAAUGCUAGACUUGUCAAAUUCAAAAGUUGACCUAUGCAUAAAUAGGGAGGCCUUUGUGAGAAUGAAGAAGCUAAGACUACUCAUAAUCUAUCAUUCACACUACUCCAUAUUUGAUUCCAGAUACUAUUAUAUAUGGGGUGGAAGAUGGAGUAGAAGCAUUGAGGAUAUAUAUCCAGUUGACGGCUGUAAACAAGUCGCGGAGGGGGACUUGGGGUUUCUUUCUCAUGAAUUGAGGUUUCUCUUAUGGCAUGGAUGCCCGCUGAAGUCUUUGCCAUCAAACUUUAUCCCGCAGAAUCUUGUUAGACUUCACAUGCGUGCCCCUGCAAAAUCUGAAAAUCAUCUUGUUAAGUCACUGCCAAUACCUUGUCAAAAUCCUGACUUGACUGAGGCGAUAAAUCUUGAGAAACUAAUGCUUGAUGGUUGUUCAACUUUAAUUGAGGUCCAUUCAUCCAUUUAUGCUCUUCAAAAACUUGAUUACUUGAAUUUAAAGGGGUGCAAAGAACUCAAGAAUCCGCCAAGCAGCAUUCAUAUGAAAUCUCUGAAGACCCUUGACAUUUCUGGCUGUUUGUAUGUUGGAAAUUUUCCAGAAAUUUCUCAUGUUGUGAAUGAGCUAAAAGAGCUUUAUCUAGAUGGGACUGUAAUUAAAGAACUACGCUCAUCAAUUGACAAUCUCACUGGGCUUUAUGUUUUGGAUCUCUCAGAUUGCACAGAACUUAUGACUCUUCCAACCAGCAUUCAUAUGAAAUCGCUAGUUACCCUUAGACUUUCUGGCUGUUCAAAUGUGGAGAAGUUUCCAGAGAUUUCAGAAAUCAUGAAGAAGCUAGCUGAGCUUCAUUUAGAUGGGACCGCAAUUAAAGGACUGCCCUCAUCAAUUGGUCUGCUUGAGGGGCUCAAAAGAUCAAGUAUGAGGAACUGUAAAAGCCUUGAAUUUCUUCCCAACGGUAUCUGUAAUUUGGUGGACCUUAAAGAUCUCAAUCUGUCUAAUUGCUCUGCACUUCAUAACUUGCCUGAGAGAAAUUGGGGGAGUUAG